UCGCGCCAGCCGUGAAAUGCGCGUGCGCUAAAUAGCUCCUCGGAAUUUUCUUUUCUUUAUGUUCAGAAAAUCGAAAGUGGUAGGAGAUAUAUUUCAAGCUUAAAAAAUCUGUGAGACUCAUACAUACAAGUGAUUUUUUUGAGUGAAGCGUAGAUUUAAAAAGACAAAAGUGCUGUGAAAAUGUCGCCCAGAUGUCCAGUUCCACCGUUGCAAGAAGUAACUUUAUCGUUGGUAGCUAGACAAUUAAUCCAUGCCUUGUCGAGAGUGACAUCCGAGGAAGAUGUCGCCCUGCCGUUUGCUAUGGUGUCCUCUUACUACGAAAUUAUGGGUGCGACGAAUGAUAUAUUCCAAGAUAUCCUUAAUUUAAUAUUAAAUAGUGAAUACCUCGAUCCGUCUAUCAGAUAUUAUACGAUGAAAUUGCUUCUAAAGGAAAAUGUCAGGACUCUAUCUACAGGAUUAUUCCCGUGUCCCUAUUACAGAAAAGUCCUUGAACUGAUUGCGGAACAAGGUCGCCACCUCACUUCUCUUAAUUUAAAAGGCGUGUGGGUUAAAGACGAGCAACUUUCGCUUUUGUAUCAGAUAAUAAAGAAUCUGACAAACUUGACUGCUCUAAAUAUACCUUACAUAGCGAAUGAUGAAGUGCUGAAGUUUAUUGGAGAACACAACAAAGUUUUGAAAUUGCUCGACGUGUCUGGUGAAACUGAUAUCACUGAGAUUGGCAUCGAUGCUAUGUUAUCGGGUAAUCCGCAGCUUACUCAGAGUUUGACUGUUGUAAAUAUAGGAACGUACGGUGAAGAAAACAUAGACCAUACAGACGUGGCACUUCUCAUACGAAAACUGCCUAAUCUUACUAACCUCGGAAGUUAUUCGUAUGUUGGGAAGGCAUUGCACUAUGUGCAUAAUAAUGACUGUCCGCCUAAUUUUAAAACGAAACUUCAGUACAUUCAUGAUGUACAAACCAAUAUAAGAACAAUGAAGGCUAUAACAAGUUUAUGCCCGAUGAUAGAAACAAUUUAUAUAGAAGAACCAGACCCAGGUGUGCUCCAAAUGUUGAAAGAUCUUCACUACUUAAAUAAGAUUAAGUUAAACAAAUUUCAGUGUCACGAAUUACACCAGCUACUGGAUAAAGUAGGCUACAAAAUUGUGACACUCAUGCUCUCUGGUGCCAAGGGGUCUUUUAAUUUUACUAGAAUAGCAGAAACUUGCCAAAAUUUGGAAAGUCUAGAAUUCUACUCGAUUCAGACUGCAACACAUGAAGAAGAAGUGCCUUUUAAUAAAUUGGAGCAUAUUGAAAUUAUUGAAGGGAAUUUAUCACCAUCUUGUUUGAGGUACCUCAUGACAGGAAGUCCUAAGCUAAAAAAGUUGAUCAUCGGGGACGAAGUAAAAUUAGAUGAUCAGGACAUGGCAAGGAUGCUACGUCGCUACAGAUUCGAUAACCUCGAGGCAAUUUGGUUUCCAAACGCACCCCGAUUGACUGUGGAAACUGUGGAGCUGUUAAUGGAGACUUGUCCAAAGUUACAGAACCUCGGACAACUGAGCGGUUGGCGAUACACGCCUGAUGACAUGAUGUUGAUGCGUGCGGUCAUCGCCAGCACUAACACGGACCUGAUUUUGUCACCACUCGGUAUAUUCCAGCAGGGAAUCUAAUAUUGUAAUAACUAUUACUUACUUAAUUGAUAUUUUUUUAUAACGGUUAUUUUUUAAGUUAUUUUAUAUUUAAAUUUAAUGUUUUGGUGAAUUUAAAGCUUAAAAGUAAGUA